AUGGAGCACGAUUCCUGUGAUGAUGUACAUGAGCAUGUUAUAAGUGUAGCACAUGGGGAAACUGCAUCAACAUCAACCAGUCAUCAAGAUAUGUACAGUGACUUGGAUGAACCGCAUCAGGAAGAUAGGCCAUCAACAAGCACAGAAACCCCGUCAUCAGAGUCUUCGCCGUCAAUAUCACCAACUGCAUAUAGCUCCAGAAAUUUAUCUUCUCCUAGAAGAGAUAGUAUAUAUGGUCAUGGAAGAAGUCCUUGGAAUUCUGGUUUGUGGAUCUCGUUUGAAAUUGUCAUGUACAUUGCUCAGGUUGUAGCUGCUAUUGUCAUCCUCAUCUUUUCAAGACAUGAACAUCCCCAUGCUCCUUUGUUCGCAUGGAUAAUUGGAUAUACAGUUGGCUGCAUUGCUAGUCUUCCUCUUAUUUAUUGGCGGUAUGUUCAUCAAAACAGACAUUUGGACCAAGAACCUCAGCAGCCACCUACAGCAUAUCCUACUUUGACUCCCUCUCAGUCAUCGGAAGGACGCAACCAUCGUACCAGUGGUGUUGUCUUGCGUCUUGGAUGUAUCGCAAUUUCUUGCCCAAGGCUUAGUGUUCUGGCUUAUCACUUCAAGACAGCUGUUGACUGUUUCUUUGCUGUAUGGUUUGUUGUUGGCAAUGUGUGGAUUUUUGGUGGGCGCAGUAUUUCAUCAGAUGCUCAGGACGCUCCCAAUAUGUACAGGUUGUGUUUGGCAUUCCUCGCGCUUAGUUGUGUUGGAUAUGCCAUUCCCUUUAUCAUGUGUGCAGCAAUAUGCUGCUGCUUUCCGUGCUUGAUUUCUGUUUUGCGCCUUCAAGAAGAUUUGGGUCAAAAUAGAGGAGCUACUCAAGAGCUAAUAGAUGCAUUGCCAACCUACAAAUUCAAACCAAAACGUAACAAAAACUGGGGGAUUGACCAUGCUUCAAGCUCACAGCAUCUUGAUGAGGGUGGCAUCCUCGGCCCAGGAACUAAGAAGGAAAGAGUUGUUUCAGCUGAAGAUGCUGUGUGCUGCAUCUGUCUUACAAAGUAUGGAGAUGAUGAUGAGCUUCGUGAGCUUCCUUGCACACACUUCUUUCAUGUUCAAUGCAUAGAUAAAUGGCUCAAGAUAAAUGCAGUGUGCCCACUCUGCAAAACAGAGAUUGGGGGUGUGGUUCGAUCUUUCUUCGGCUUGCCAUUUGGCCGCCGCCGUGUUGAUAGGAUGGCUGGAAGAGGUGUAGGUAGCUCAAGAUUCAAUGUAUAG